CGCCCGCAGAUAACCGCGGCCCCUCAGGCGCUUCCCCAGCCGCCCAGCGCGGACUCGGCCCCGGCUCGCAGCCGCUCUCCAGGCGCCAGCUCCCUCUCGUCGCCGCCGCGGCGCGGGUAAGGAUGGCUCGGCAGCCCCGGGGCUUUCUGCAGGAGGCCUCUCACCAAGUCGUCGCCGGAGGCUCGGCGGCCUUCUCCUUUGACAGCGAGAGAUGUCAUAGCAGAAGUGGGGAAGUCUGGUGUCCCAGUGUAUUCUGUCUUGUAGAAAUUUGCCUGAUGCAUCCCCUUGAUGUAGUGAAAACAAGGUUCCAAAUUCAAAGAGGGAAAACUGAUCCAACCAGUUACAAGAGCCUGGGGGACUGUUUUAGGACUAUUUUCCAACGAGAAGGAUUUCUUGGCUUCUACAAAGGAAUACUUCCUCCCGUUUUGGCUGAGACACCCAAAAGAGCAGUGAAGUUUUUUACCUUUGAACAAUACAAGAAGCUUCUGGGAUAUGCGUCAUUGCCACCAGGACUGGCAUUUGCAGUUGCUGGCUUGGGAUCUGGUUUGACAGAGGCAGUUGUGGUUAACCCGUUUGAAGUUGUGAAGGUUACCUUACAGACCAAUCAGAAUGCCUUCACAGAGCAACCAUCUAGCUUUGUUCAAGCUCAGCAGAUCAUUAAAACCGGUGGUCUGGGCUUCCAAGGACUCAACAAAGGCCUUACUGCAACACUGGGCCGUCACGGAGUUUUUAACAUGGUUUACUUUGGAUUCUACUUCAAUGUGAAAAACAUUCUUCCAGUCAAUAAAGAUCCAAAUUUGGAGUUUUUGAGGAAAUUUGGAAUUGGGCUAGUCUCAGGAACAAUAGCCUCAAUUAUUAACAUUCCUUUUGAUGUUGCAAAAAGUAGGAUUCAAGGACCACAGCCAGUUCCUGGAGAGAUCAAGUACAGAACCUGUUUUAAAACUAUGGCAACAGUCUAUAAAGAGGAAGGAUUUCUGGCUCUGUACAAAGGCUUGCUUCCCAAGAUCAUGAGGCUCGGUCCAGGUGGUGCAGUGAUGCUUUUGGUUUACGAAUAUGUUUAUGCAUGGCUUCAGGACACAGUUAAUCACAAGGAGCAUUUCUGAAAAAUGUACUCUUUAAAAUUGCAUGCAUUCUAAAAUACACCAUAAUAAAGCAAAUGAUUCUUAUCCUUUA